UACCCAUUCAUUUGGCAGCAGUGUGAGAAACGUCGAAGCAGCCCCGCAAAACCAAGAUUAAAAAAAAAAAUCGUUCGAAAAGCCAAGUGUACAUUUUUCGCAGUGCAAGUGAGAAGGCUUCAAGAUUGCGAUGCCCAAACGCCGUCGUGAGCACAAGCGACGCAAGGAGUCCUACUCCGGCGGAGGACGAGGAGGAGGAGGAGGGGGAGAAGGAGGAGGAGGAGGAGGAGGAGGACGAGAAGGAGGAGGUGCCCCCAGCGUGAGGAACAGAUCGCUUAAGCCACCGAAUGCCUCUGAGAGCAGCGAUGGGGACGGCAGCGAUACCAGCGCUUCUUACUCGAGCUACAGCUCCUCGGAAACCUCCAGAUCCUCCAGCUACACCAGCUCCAGCGACUCCUCCAGCUCCGUCUCGAUCAGCGCCGACUCCGAGGAGGAGCCGGAGGGAGCAGCCGCCGCCGCCAAGAGGGCGAAGCACUCGUGCUGCCACCACCGACACCAUCGACGCCACCGGCGGCACCAUCACCAUCACUCGCCGCCGCGCCAUCACUCCCAUCGCCGCCAUGGGCGCCCAUCCGGUCACCGCCGCCAUCGCUCCGACCAUGGACGCUCAUCGAAGCGUCUGUCUGGGAGGGUCAGUCGCCGAGGAGCCGCCUCCGCCACCAAGACGGCAGUGGUGGUCAAUAAGGAAAUAACCUCCACCUCCGGCAGCCAACCGGUGGCCAUCCAGAUCCCGGCCCCCAUUCCAAAGCCCGUGCCGUUGCCCAUUCCGGCCGAGCUCACCAUCCAGCCGCAGCCCGUGCCGGCUCCUGCUCCCGCUCCAGCCCCUGCUGCAGCUCCAGCCCCUGCUCCCGCUGCUCCGUUGGCCAGGGAGCAGCAGCACCACCAGCGCAAGUCACGCAUGCGCUGCUCCGGCUCUCGUGCCCCAGCCCAAGCGCAAGCCCAAGCGCAAGCCCAAGCGCAAGCCCAAAUCCCGGCCAAGACCAUCACCAUCACCAAGAGCCAGGCCAAGGACGGCUCCAUCUGUGCGGCGGCCACUGUGGGUGCCCUGCCCAAGGCCAGAUCCAGCGGCUCGAAAGAGGUGCCAAUUUCCAGUGCCAAUCCCAUGGCCAGCAAGUCGACCAACCAGGUCAGGAAACCAGUGGCCAGUGGUUCCACUGCGAAGGCUUCGGCAAAGACCAGUCAACCCAAUUCGAGUGCCAGCCAUGCGGACUCCAAUGGCAAGUCACCGAUGACAAAGGACUCCUCCAACUCCUCCAACUCCAAGACGAGUGCAUCCAACGCUAAGCGACCGCGUCGCGGUUCUGCCACGCCCCCCGGUCCGGGCUCAAGGCGUCAGUGGGGGAGUGGGCGGAACAAUGACCACACUGAGAACCAGUGCAAGCAGAGGCGCAAUGAUGUUUAUGAAGAAAGAGGAGGAUCCGGAGGAGAAGGAUCAGGAGGAGGAUCCGAAAGGGGAGGAGGAGAAAGAGGCGGAGAUAGAGGCGGAGAUAGAGGCGGAGAUAGAGGCGGAGAUAGAGGCGGAGAUAGACGCGGAGAUAGAGGAGGACCAAGAGGAGGUGGACCCCAUGACCAUCCCGAUGCCGAGGGCAACCAAACGGCCUAUCGCAAUGGCAAGCAGGCCAUCAAAUUUAGCCAACCCGUACGCAUGGUGCGCCUCCACAUCAAGGGACUGACCCGCCAGGUGAGAAAGGAACACAUCACCGAGAUCUUCGGCCAUUUCGGACCCCUCACGGCCGUCGACUUUCCCAUGGACCGCUUCCGUGGACGCUUGGGGCGUGGCUACGCCUUCGUCGAAUACGCCCGUCCCGAGGACUGCGCCUGCGCCAUCAAGCACAUGAAUGGCGGCCAGAUCGACGGCAAGCGGAUCACGGUGUCCGCCUUCCGGGAGACCAUGCUGAAGGAUCCGUGGCGCCACUAUCGCCGCUACUCGCCGGUCAACAACCGCCGCCAGCGCCAGCGUCCCGGUUCGCCGUCCCGCUCUCGCUCUCGCUCCCGCUCUUACUACCAGUUCCGCUCAAUGUCCCGCUCCCGCUCCCGCUCCCGCUCGCGGUCCUUCCUCCGCUCCCGCUCCCGAUCCCGAUCCCGCUCCUCUCGCUCGCAAUCCCCGUCAGGAUCGCGCUACAAUCGCCGCUACCGUUCGCGCACCCGCCCCGGAUCGCGUUCGCCUUAGGCAGGUCGCACUGUCGUCGCGGAGGACAUAAAGCGACACCCAAGCAAGUCCACAAAUCGACCAGAUGUCGUUUCUCUAAAUCGUGAUUAAUCUUAAUCUUAAUCUCAAUCUUAGUAUAUUUAAUAUACAUUAUGAUUGUGAAGAACAAAA